GAGCGGCUGUGGGUUGAUCUUUCACAUCUACAAUAUAAAGUCAUAUACAGUUUGAAGUGAGGGCUGCAGCUUCACACUGCUUCAUCACACUGACACAGAGGACUGAUGAAGAAGCAGAGGAUUUACUCCUGAUGGAGCACAGGGUCAGAUCAGCAGGAAGCUCUUCUUCUACACAGACCUGGUCCUCACAGCUGAUGGACUUCAUGAGCAGAAACUGAGUGGCUGCAGGUGAUCAGCAACAUGAAAAGCUCCAAGCAGCAGAGAGAGGAGUCUCCUGGACCCAGCUGUGUGUCCCUGAAGAGUGGUCGGUCUAUUGGUCGUCUGAUGGACUUCAGAGAUGGCCGUCCCUCCAAUGACCCGCUUUCCCAGCAGCAGAGAGAGGAGGCCCCUGAACCCAGCUGUGUGUCCCUGAAGAGUGAUCAGUCUUUUGAUCGUCUGAUUAACUUCAAAGAUGGAAGCCGUUCUUCUGACCCGGUAGAGGACCAGCAGAGCUCAGAGGUUCCCAGAGGGCAGUCUGCCCAGCAGCAUCAGACGGAGAUGGACUCCAUCUUUAUGCUGCUGGAGGACAACAUCAUCACUUUUGUGAAGAGCGAGCUGAAGAAGAUCCAGAAGACUCUGAGAUCAGAUUACCCAGAAUACUUAGAGACAGAGGAGGAUGAGGAGGUGUUGGACGGUGAGGAUGAAGAGCAGAGGAGGAGCAGCAGAGAGGCAUUUCUGAACAUCACACUGCACCUCCUGAGGAGCAUGAAGCAGGAGGAGCUGGCUGAGCGUCUGCAGAGCAGAAGUGCUUCUGGAGUCUGUCAGCGUAAACUCAAGUCCUCCCUGAAGGAGAAGUUCCAGUGUGUGUUUGAGGGCAUUGCUAAAGCAGGAAACCCAACCCUUCUGAACCAGAUCUACACAGAGCUCUACAUCACAGAGGGGGGGGCUGCAGAGGUCAAUGAGGAACAUGAGGUCAGACAGAUUGAAACAGCAUCCAGGAAACCAGACAGACCAGAAACCCCCAUCAGACAAGAAGAGCUCUUUAAAGCCUCACCUGGAAGAGAUGCACCAAUCAGAGCAGUGCUGACAAAGGGAGUGGCUGGCAUUGGGAAAACAGUCCUAACUCAGAAGUUCACUCUGGACUGGGCUGAAGGCAAAGCCCACCAGGACAUCCAGUUCACAUUCCCAUUCACCUUCAGAGAGCUGAAUGUGCUGGGAGAGAACCAGUACAGCUUGGUGGGACUUGUUCAUCACUUCUUCCCUGAAACCAGAGACGCAGGAAUCUGCAGCUUUGAUCAGUUCCCGGUUGUGUUCAUCUUUGACGGUCUGGAUGAGUGUCGACUUCCUCUGGACUUCCACAACACUGAGGUCCUGACUGAUGUCACAGAGUCCACCUCAGUGGAUGUGCUGCUGACAAACCUCAUCAGGGGGAAGCUGCUUCCCUCUGCUCGCCUCUGGAUAACCACACGACCUGCAGCAGCCAAUCAGAUCCCUCCUGAGUGUGUGGACAUGGUGACAGAGGUCCGAGGGUUCACUGACCCCCAGAAGGAGGAGUACUUCAGGAAGAGGUUCAGAGAUCAGGAGCAGGCCGGCACCAUCAUCUCCCACAUCAAGACCUCACGAAGCCUCCACAUCAUGUGCCACAUCCCAGUCUUCUGCUGGAUCUCUGCUACAGUUCUGGAGGAGGUGCUGAAGACCAGAGAGGGAGGAGAGCUGCCCAAGACCCUGACUGAGAUGUACAUCCACUUCCUGGUGGUUCAGUCCAAAGUGAAGAACAUCAAGUAUGAUGGAGGAGCUGAGACAGAUCCACACUGGAGUCCAGAGAGCAGGGAGAUGAUGGAGUCUCUGGGAAAACUGGCUUUUGAGCAGCUGCAGAAAGGCCACCUGAUCUUCUAUGAGUCCGACCUGACAGAGUGUGGCAUCGAUAUCAGAGCAGCCUCAGUGUACUCAGGAGUGUUCACACAGGUCUUUAGAGAGGAGAGAGGACUGUACCAGGACCAGGUGUUCUGCUUCGUCCAUCUGAGCCUUCAGGAGUUUCUGGCUGCUCUUCAUGUCCAUCUGACCUUCAUCAAGUCUGGAGUCAACCUGCUGUCAGAAGAACCAACAACCUCCAGGCUGCCUAAAGUCUUCAGAGCCAAACCCAAACUAACACAUCUCUACCAGAGAGCUGUGGACCAGGCCUUACAGAGUCCAAACGGACACCUGGACUUGUUCCUCCGCUUCCUCCUGGGUCUUUCACUGCAGACCAAUCAGAAACUCCUACGAGGCCUGCUGACAGAAACAGGAAGUAGUUCAGAGACCAAUCAGGAAACAGUCCAGUACAUCAAGAAGAAGAUGGAUGAGGAUCUGUCUCCAGAGAGGAGCAUCAACCUGUUCCACUGUCUGAAUGAACUGAAGGAUCGUUCUCUGGUGGAGCAGAUCCAACAGUCCCUGAGUUCAGGACGUCUCUCCACAGAUGAUCUGUCUCCUGCUCAGUGGUCAGCUCUGGUCUUCAUCUUACUGUCAUCAGGAGAAGAUCUGGACGUGUUUGACCUGAAGAAAUACUCUGCUUCAGAGGAGGCUCUCCUGAGGCUGCUGCCAGUGGUCAAAGCCUCCAGGAAGGCUCUACUGAGUGACUGUAACCUGUCAGAGAGAAGCUGUGCAGCUCUGUCCUCAGUCCUCAGCUCCCAGUCCUCUAGUCUGAGAGAGCUGGACCUGAGGAACAACGACCUGCAGGAUUCAGGAGUGAAGCUGCUGUCUGCUGGACUGGAGAGUCCACUCUGUACUCUGGAGACUCUCAGACUGAGUGACUGUAAGCUGUCAGAGAGAAGCUGUGCAGCUCUGUCCUCAGUCCUCAGCUCCCAGUCCUCUAGUCUGAGAGAGCUGGACCUGAGGAACAACGACCUGCAGGAUUCAGGAGUGAAGCUGCUGUCUGCUGGACUGGAGAGUCCACUCUGUACUCUGGAGACUCUCAGACUGAGUGACUGUAACCUGUCAGAGAGAAGCUGUGCAGCUCUGUCCUCAGUCCUCAGCUCCCAGUCCUCUAGUCUGAGAGAGCUGGACCUGAGGAACAACGACCUGCAGGAUUCAGGAGUGAAGCUGCUGUCUGCUGGACUGGAGAGUCCACUCUGUACUCUGGCGAUUCUCAGGAUGGAGCCUGGUGGAGUCCGAUGGUUGAGACCCGGUCUGAGGAAGUAUUCCUGUGGACUCACACUCGACUCAAACACAGCACACAGAAAACUCAGACUGUCUGACAACAACAGGAAGGUGACACGUGUCAGAGAGGAGCAGCCAUAUCCUGAUCAUCCAGAGAGGUUUCACUACUGGUGUCAGCUGAUGUGUAGAGAAGCUCUGACUGGUCGCUGUUACUGGGAGGUCGAGUGGAGAGGAGGGGUUUAUAUAUCAGUGACUUACAGAGGAAUCAGCAGGAGAGGAGAGAGUGAGGACUGUGUGUUUGGAAGUUAUGAUCAGUCUUGGAGUCUGAACUGCUCUGGUGGUGGUUACUCUGUCUAUCACAAUAAGAGAGUAACACAGAUCACCUCCUUAUCCUCCUCCUCCUCCUCCUCCUCCUCCUCCUCCUCCUCCUCCUCCUCCUCCUCCUCUGGUAGAGUAGCAGUGUAUGUGGAUCAUCCUGCCGGCUCUCUGUCCUUCUUCAGAGUCUCCUCUGACUCACUGAUCCACCUCCACACCUUCAGAACCACAUUCACUGAACCUCUCUAUGCUGGGUUUGCAGUUUGGUCUGGAUCAGUGUCUCUGUGUCCUCUGUAGGAGGAAGAGUCUCCUCCUGUUCCAGAAGCUUCCUCCCUGCUGCCCAGAUAGUUCAGUGUGUACAGGAUCACAGCUGAUGUUAGUUAGUACCAGCCUGAUGAGUUUACUGUAAUAGAGGAGGAAGAGGAGGAAGAGGAGGAGGAGGGAAGAGCAAAGGAUGCUGGGAGGAAGGUGUGAGGGUAGAGAGAGAAGGUAACACUGAGACAGAAAUAUCUCUCUACGUUGUGCAGUAGACGUUGGUUGUCUCCUCCAGUUCUGUGCUCUACAUGAAUACCAACAUAUAAUCUGCACAGCGUCGAAGAAACGAGAGGAAAUGUACAAACUACGUUUUAGAUGUAGACAUAUUAGAACCAGAACAGAAGCAUCAUUUCACACUCUGUGGUUUCCUCACUUCUUCAUUAUUGUAUAACCUGCUGAUCCCAGUAACACUGAAACCAGCUCAGGCUCUUUUGAAACCAGUCCUAACGGUUCUUAAUGGGAGAUCAUGACAUCACCAUCCCUGAAAUGAACUGGUUCAUAAUCAAUCAUCCAGAAGCUUCUCUCAGCUCUGAGCAAAUAGAACCUGAACAUCUGCUGUGUUUCUGAAUCUGUGUGUGUUCAUCAGAGGAUCUAAAUGUACAAACAUCUCAAAGAAGCUGAGAAAAGGGACUCUGUUUCCAGAACACUUACAUCAGAAAUAUACAAAUCUUUGCUGAUCAUUACAAAACAUGUCUCCCUGUCUGUACAAAGAGAGUCACAUGUUGAAGGAAUGAAAGUGUAACACAGUCUACUGAAAUGUGAAGUGAGUUCCUCAAUAAAAGUCAUGUCUGUAA